UAGAACUCAACCAACAAACUAAACUCCAAACGUGGAUAUCGAAAGGCUAAAUCGUGAAAUAUCAAGUCUGUAAUAUUCCAAGAUCGAAACUUAAACAAUUUAUUGUUCUGUAUUUUCGAUGCAUAUUUGAAAUUACAGAUAGACAACAAAAGCUUUAGGGUUUUUUUAACGAUAUUUAGGGGUAGUAGAAAUUGGUUCUAGGAGGAAGAUUCUGUAGAAGUUGGCAAUUCGUCAAUGUUUCUUGUUAGUUCUUGGUUUCCUUAUUUUUAAAAUAAAAAUAAUUAAAGUUAACUCGUCGUUUCUUCUCCAUGAAUAUUUUUAAAUAAAUAUUGCCGUGGGUAUUUUACUAAACACCAAGAUUAUUAUCACGCUUUAGCUGUGGGUGCUUUAAAAAGAACAAUUUAUUAUAUAGGAAGGAUGUUCAUUGUGGGUCUUACAGGAGGUCUAGCUACGGGCAAAAGUACCGUACUAUCUAUAUUUCGUGAAAAUGGAAUUGCUGUUAUAGAUGCCGAUGAUAUUGCUAAGAAAGUCUUGGAACCUGGAACUGUAGCAUGGAAAGAAGUUAAGGAGUAUUUUGGAGAUGAGGUUAUUAGUGAUGAUGGUAAAGUAAAUCGACUAGUUCUUGGAAACAUAGUGUUCAAUGAUAAAGAUAAAAGAAUGAAACUUAAUGCUAUUACACAUCCUAGAAUCCAAAGUGCCAUGAUGAGAAUGGCCUUCAGUUAUUUCUUCUCAGGUCACAGAUACAUAGUGAUGGAGGUUCCAUUACUUUUUGAAACAGGCAAAAUGUUAAGAUUCAUGCAUAAAAUCAUAACAGUUGUUUGUGAUAUGGAUCAACAAAUUAGCAGAUUAUGUGAAAGAAAUGAUUUCUCUGAAAUAGUUGCAACGACUAGGAUAAAAUGUCAGAUGCCUCUUGAAGAGAAAGUAGCCAAAUCAGAUUUUGUAAUUGAUAACUCUGGUGACAUAUCUUCAACUCGACAACAGACUGAAAGCAUCAUAAGACUCCUAAGGCGAUCUAAGUUUACAUGGUACUUUAGAGCCAUAAUGUUAAUUUCAUCUUUGUCUUUUUUAUUUGGAAUUGCUAACAUUGCCUAUAAGUUCUUUUGUAAGAAAUAAUUUUAAGUUUAAGUGCAUUUAACAAAUAAUAUCUAAUACAAAUAUACUGGUUCUCUUUUGAGACAUUGAAGUCAUUAAGUAUUUAAAUAAAAGCGGUUUUAAUCUGCAUGGAAGUUCUUAGCUAUCAUUGUUAGUGUUGCUUAUGUUGUUGUUUACAGAAAGUAUCAACAAAAGUAUUACCAAUGAGAAUGGUUAUAUUACUUUUGUAUAUUUGCAGCUAUUAGCUUUGUAUUCAGGAGAGCAGUAAUAUUUGUGUCAAAUUCCUCGGCUGUGAACAAACUUACAACUGUUUUUAUUUUUAAAUGUUGAACUUUUUGAUGAUAAAAAAUCAGUAUUAGGACUAUUUUAACGAAGCACUUAUGUAUCGCAGUUUAAACCAUUUAUUUGAAUGUGUACUUAGUCAAAACAGUGUCUAGCUUUAAAGCUUAUUGUAAAGAAAAUAAUUUAAUUUUGAUAAAUAUUAAGUAUUUAUUUUCAGAAUAGUUUCAAGUUUUCAACGUUUAAACAAUCAAUUUUCUAAGAAACGAUUUGUAUGAUUAUUUGUAAUAAAGGUGCACAUAUUGCUGCAUUGACGUAUUGUAAUAUACAUUUAUGUAAGUUAUUAUUAUAUUUUAGGAUAUGUUAUUUUUGAUAAAGGGAUAUAUUUUGUUCGAAUCUUGUUCAACUAUACCAUUGGACCUAUUAGGUACCUACAGAAAUAAAAAUAAUUGUUUACAAAGAUUUGCAAGUGUAUGUAUAUUCAUAGGUAAACUUAUUUAAAAUCCAUAGAAUUUUUGUUUGAUAUGCAAACAUGCAUAAAUUUAGAACCAAACAUACCGUUUCAAUAACAAUGUUAUGUACAGAAGUGUAAUUAAUUGUUUACUGUAUAAUACAUAUAAAUAAAAAUCAAAAGGUUU